GGAAGGGCGCAUUCCAAUCUUUGUGUUCUUUUUCUUUUCUUUUUGCGAUGGCUGACGUUGAUGUAGGGAGCCCUUGAGAAAUUACCUGGUGUGGAGGACAAUCUGCUGUACGUACAAGCAAAGCUGGCAAAUCUACCGCGACUCGGAGAGUCGGGACUGCCUGGUUUGGAUCAAGUAUUGCAAAGCAUGGAGGGCGUUGCUCCUGUCAUUACCGGUCUAUUUGCUCCGGAUUGUUUAAGACCUCAAACGUAUGGUUUUGGACAGCCGAGUGGUGGUUGAUGAAAAUGAGUGUUCGGAGUAAACAUUGUGGGAUGUCUGUUUAAGCCGGGAUGAGGGCAAUAGCUGGGGGCGAGAUAUCUCUCCCAGGACGAGGAUGCUUGUUACUAACUACCCAGGUAACUAGUUGCGAAGGAAGCCACUUCCGUGAAAAACCAAAAAGGAAAGCGUGCCUCCAUAAUAGUUAUGGAGGAAAAGAAUACUGGCGAGCAACUGGGAUUCGACUCGGCCAACUCUUUCGAGUUCGAGUACAAGUAUGUGCGGAGUACUCCAUAGGGAAACACCCGCUUGUGACGGCGUCAUCAGCGAGCCGUUCCAAGUUCCAAGGCUGUUUGGUUGCUGCAUGGGGCCUGGCACUUGAUUACUUGGGUACAAGCAGGGCGCGGUUGUUCCAAUGUGGCUGGGCGAGCAAUAAUACCUACAUACACCACCGGGGCCCCCAACAACAUCAUCCAUCAAUCGACACCGCCCCCAAAGCCUGCGUCUCUCCGUGCCUUGCUUUGCUUCAAAGGCCGAUUCAAUAAAUUCUUCCGGCAUCCCUCAUUUUGUUGGCUCUUCUUUCGCUUUUGCCCUACUGUCGUUGCCCAACCCAAUUCACACCCAAAUUCUCAGCCGCAGGCACAACCAACCCCCCACC